UUACAAACUCGAAUCCCAUUUACAGCACUUCAUAUCCUAAAUUUAUCGGAUACAUAAAAUAUAUUAAAAAAACCUUUGGAUUGGGAAUAUUCCUUAGUAUCUUUCAUUGUAAUUUGCCUAGUUGACUAUAUAUAAAACCCUCCUAGAUUUAGAGAAAUCUCAUCAUUUAUCCUCUUACCUCAAACUUCAAAGCCUAAUAUUUAUUGCUAAUUUGCGUUAAUAAUCAUCGUUAUAAUUUCAUUUCCGAUUCUCAACUAUUAUAUUUAUCCUCUCCAAAAUCAUGGCUUUGAAAGCAAUUCAUCUCGCUGAAGUCCCUAAUUAUGAUCACUCUAAUUUCGUUCCAGAAAAUGCCACCAUUUUAUCUUCCACCUAUAUUUCUUCAGGAUGUGCAGGGAAAUCAAGAAAAUUUAUGGUGAUGGGACAUAGAGGAAGUGGUAUGAAUAUUAUGCAAUCUUCAGAUCCUCAAAUGAAAUGUUUUAAGGAGAAUUCAAUUCUCUCUUUUAAUAAUGCUGCACAAUUUAAUCUCGAUUUUAUUGAGUUUGAUGUUCAGGUGACGAAAGAUGACUGCCCUGUCAUUUUCCAUGACAUACAUAUCCUUAGCCGAAAUGAGGGGGUCAUUUCAGAGAAAAUAGUGACAGAAAUUACCUUGGAAGAAAUUUUGAGUUAUGGACCAAAGAAAGAGCCAAGAAAGGUAGGGAAGCCUUUGCUUAGAAAAGCAAAAGAUGGGAGUAUAUUCGAGUGGAAAGUUGAGAAUGACGGUCCUUUAUGCACGUUGCAAGAAGCUUUUGAAAAGGUUGACACUUCCUUGGGUUUCAAUAUCGAGUUAAAAUUGGAUGAUCAUAAAAUUUAUGAUGAAGUGGAGCUAAAGGACAUCCUUCAAGCAGUACUGAAGAUUGUAGAUAAGUAUACUGAUCAAGGGAGGUCCAUAAUGUUUUCGAGCUUCCACCCUGAUGCUACGCAGCUGAUGAGGAAAUUGCAGGAUUAUUACCCUGUUUUCUUUCUUACCAAUGGAGGAUGUGAAAUUCAUACUGACCCAAGAAGGAAUUCGCUUGAGGAAGCCGUUAAGCUUUGUAUUGAAGCUGGCUUACAAGGGAUUGUCUCUCAAGUGAGGGCGAUAUUUAGACAUCCGGCUAUGGUGUCUUGGAUCAAGGAAUCCAAGCUCUCUCUUAUAACUUAUGGCCAGUUAAAUAACGUGCCAGAGGCUGUAUAUAUGCAACAUCUAAUGGGCGUAGAAGGUGUAAUCGUGGACUUUGUCCACCACAUUAGAGCAACAGUAUUGGAUUUGAACAAGACAUAUGAUGAGGAGAUUAAAGACGAGAACUCCAUUGAUGGUAAAGAAGUGGAAGAAAAGAGAGAGAGGUCUGUAGUAAAGUUUUCAGAUCGCGAGCUUUCUUUUCUUCUAAAGCUCAUACCAGAACUGAUACAAACAGCUUGAAUGCUGUGUUCAUGUGUACUUCAUCCCCUUGUUUCUAUAAUGUAAUGUUUUUAAGAAGAAUUCAAGCCUCUCAGUCAGUCAGUUCGGCUCAAAAUAGUACUAUGAUGGAUUUAGGUCAUGUUAUGCUCUCAGAGUUAGUUCCGAAAUUGUAUGUUUAAUUGAUGCUACUGAUUAGGGGUAAGAGGCUAUGUACAAAGUAAUGAAAUAGGUUGUUUGUUGUUUGGUUAUUAACUGCAAGUUUAGUUGUCAAUCUUUGUACAAAUUAUUAAGUAAAGGUGACAUUCGCUAUACUAAAACGGCCGGGUGUAAGAAUAUACACGCUUUCAGACUUUCCCAAGUGAAGAAAA